AUGGAGGACCCCUCCACCCGGAAAGAGCCCACCACCCCAGAUGAAGAGCCCUCCUCCUCCGCCUGGACGGAAGGUGCCUCCUCCUCCCCCCAGAAAAUCCCCGCCACCCAGGAAGUCCCCACCACCACCGCAAAGAAGUCCUCCGCCUCCUCCCCCAUCACUGACUCUGCCCUGGCUGCAUCCUGGCUCUUCUACGAGGCUCAGGUCAGCGGCAAGAAGCCCUCCUGGAACAGGAUUGCUUACCGAGGGAAUUCCCACGUGGAUGACCCUGUGCCCGGCGGCUGGUAUGACGCCGGGGACUUCCUGAAGCUCAACUUCCCGCUGGGCGUGAGCGUCUCCUUCCUGGCCUGGAGCGUGCAGGAGUUCCCGGGAGCCUAUGCGCAGGCGGGCGCCACCACCCCCGCCCUGAACAACGUCCGGCUGGCGGCCACCUACCUCGCAGACUGCCACACGGCCGACUACAAGUACGUAGGCCAGAUUGGGGAUCCGGGCCCCGACCACGCCUACUGGGGCCGUCCGGAGCAGCAGCCGGGAAGCCGGCCGGCAUACAUCUGGACGGCGGCCACCCCGGCCUCCGACCUGCUCGGCGCGGUGUCGGCCGCCCUCUCCUCCACCAGCCUGCUGUUCAAGACCAGGGACCCCGCCUUUGCCGCCAAGCAGCUGAGCCAUGCCAAGCAGCUGUAUGCUUGGGGGAAGAAGUACCCAGGCAAGUACAACUCCGCCCACUCGGCGGCCACAUACGUUUACUCCUCCUCGCGCUACCUGGACAAGCUCAUGUAUGCCGCCGCCUGGCUGUUCAGGGCCACGGGGGAGGCCGCGUACGCUGCCGACGCCUACGCCUUCUGGCAGUCUGCCGGUUCGGGUGACAUCUACACCAGCUGGGACUCCACCUUUGCCCCCGCCAUCAACCUGCUGCUCAAGCUCGCCAGCGAGGGCAAGACCGUGCCGGGGAGGGCAUCGUACGAGGCCUGGAUGACGUCAUCGUUCCUCUCAGCCUGGCAGACCGCAGACGGCAACUGGAGCAUCGUGAAGACGCCCGAGGGCCUGGUGUACCCCUCCUGGAGCCAGUGGGGGAACCUGCGCUACGCCAACAAUGCAGGGUUCAUGAUGGCCCUGCGCGCCUCCUACUCCUCCAUCGACCGCGGGAAGAACCUGGCCUGGGUGCAGGGGCAGGUGGACUACGCCCUGCGGACGACCGGCCGCAGUUUCGUGUGCGGCGUGGGCACCGGCUACCCCAAGCAGCCCCACCACCGCUCGGCGUCCUGCCCCAACAUGCCCGCGGCCUGCGGCUGGGACCAGUUCUACAGCAAGGCGGCAAGCCCACAGGCGCUGACAGGGGCCCUGGUGGGUGGACCCCCCAGCGGCGAUGGCACCUACGUGGACCUGCGCACCGACUACGUCUCAAAUGAGGUGGCGGUCGACUACAAUGCGGGCUACACGGGCGCGCUGGCCGGCCUGGUUGCCCUGAGCUGA